AUGGAAAUACAAGGUGGAAAUUUAGCUGUUAUGUGCAUAUUUCAUUUACAGUGUGUUCCUAUAAUUGCCACCAUCCCUUGGUACAGCACUAUGCUUCCUUUGCUGUUUGUUCUGCUUGUGCGUGGGUGUAAAGAUCUAGCCACAGACUUGGGCCGACGACGUAGUGAUGGACAAAUUAACCGGCGCCCAUGUGACAUUCUUACUCCUGAGGGCUUCAAAACUGUUAAGUGGAAAGAUGUCCGUGUUGGUGACAUUCUCCAGGUUCAUAAGGACCAGGUCAUACCUGCAGAUUUGCUCCUCCUUUGCAGCACUGAGCCACACAGCCUUUGCUACGUAGAAACCGCAGACAUCGAUGGAGAAACCAACUUGAAGUUUCGCCAGGCUCUGAGUGCCACUCAUACUGAGCUGAAUGGAGAUUCGGUUAAGCAAAACCUGGCAGCUUUUGAUUGCUCGGAUAGUAAAAUUCUGCAAAACUGUGGAAAACUGAAACUGAAGAAUACUCAAGUGGAAAUGCUACUAAACAAAACUGUGUUGGUGAUUCUGCUGUUCAUGAUAACAACAGCUCUUCUCCUGGCUGUGGGCGCUGGUCUUUUUGAGUAUAGGGUUCCCCUCAGUAACUGGCAGCGUGAUUCGUCUCCUCCCUACCUGGGCUUCAUCACCUUCUGGGGCUACAUCAUUUUGCUUAGUCCUUCUAUGCCCAUGUCUCUUUAUAUAACAUUUGAAGUGAUCCACAUGGUGCACUGUCUCCUGAUUGGAUGGGAUAUUGAGAUGUACUGGGAGGACAAUAACAGCCCCGCUCAGGCCCGUACAACCACCCUGAAUGAGGAAUUGGGUCAGGUGGGCCACCUGCUCAGCGACAAGACCGGCACUCUAACACAAAACCGCCUGCUUUUUCGUCAGUGCUUCAUUGCCGGACACAUUUAUGGUGACAUGUCAAAGGAACUAAAGCCGCUAGACUUAAGCUGGAACCGGUUUUCCUGUGGUGGACUGAAGUUUUCCGACCAGCGGUUGGUUGACAAGCUGCGUGAACGGAGCAGCCCUGAGUGCCAAGAGUUCUUCACAGCUCUGGCCCUUUGCCACACUGUCAUGAGCGAGUGGAGGGAUGGUUUGCCUCAUUACCAGGCUGCCUCUCCGGAUGAGGAAGCUCUGGUGUGUGCAGCGCGGGAGCUCGGCUGGGUGUUUCUCUCCCGUACACGAGAAACCCUCACCAUCAGUGAGAUGGGCCUCACACGAAACUAUCAGCUCCUGGCCCUCCUGGACUUCACCAGCAAGAGGAGACGCAUGUCAGUACUGGUGCGAGACCCUGGAGGACAGUUGAAGCUGUACUGUAAAGGUGCAGAUAUUGUUGUUCUGGAAAGGCUUCAAAGGGACUGGCCACUUCAGGAGAGCACCGAGAGAGCUCUAGAGCUGUUUGCUCAGGGCUGUCUGAGGACUCUGUGUGUGGCGGUGCGCUCGGUUCCUGAAGCCCUGUGGACGGAGUGGAGCCGCACCCUCAGUCAGGCGGGCACAUCGACGGGAAACCAGGAGACCGUGCUCGAAGAGAUAUAUGAUCAAAUGGAAAAAGACUUAACGCUGUUGGGCGUGACUGCCAUUGAGGAUCGUCUCCAAGAAGGUGUCCCCGAGACCAUCGCCACCCUGCGGAGGGCGGGACUGAAGGUGUGGGUGCUGACGGGAGACAAAACAGAAACGGCUGUGAAUGUGGGAUAUGCCUGCAAACUUAUGGAUCCAGACACGAUCCUUAUUCAAGGGGAGGAGCUUAGGCAGCUUCUAGAGUCUCCUUCUCCAGAUGUUCAUGUCAUGUCUAAAGAGCCGGAGGUUUGGAUCACAGACAGGAGAGCAGUGAAGAGCAAAGCAGCGCUAGUUGUUUCGGGUCCUGAACUGGCAGAAAUGACCAAAGCGCCAGAAUGGGGGGCAAAGUUUGUUGCUCUGUCUGAUCAGUGCCAGUCUGUAUUGUGCUGUCGUGUCACACCGGCACAAAAAGCAGAAGUGGUGGAGAUGGUCAGGAAGCAUUCGACUUCGAUUACAAUGGCGAUAGGCGAUGGUGCCAACGAUGUCAACAUGAUCAAGACGGCACAUAUAGGUGUUGGUCUUUGUGGUGUGGAGGGCAGUCAGGCGGUGCAGAAUGCAGCUUUCGCUCUGGCACAGUUCAGCUUUCUUCGCAGGCUGCUGCUGGUACACGGGCACUAGUCAUAGUACCGCAUCUGCAUCUUUCUGCACUAUUUCCUCUACAAAACCACUGUUUUUGGUCUGGUGCACAUUUGGUAUAGUUUCUACAAUGGCUUUAGUGCUCAGCCUAUGUAUGAGAGCUGGUUUAUUAGCCUCUACACAACAAUGUACACAUCCCUUCCUAUACAGUGUGUGGGUUUCUUUGAACAGGUAAGC